AUGAACCCUAAAAGCAUCGAAGCAAGAACUCGAGAGGAUAAACCCUUCGAAGGAAUGGUGAUAGGAAACACUGAGCCACUUGAUGCAUUAAAAAGUCGGAGCGCUUGCCCUAAAUGUGGAAAGUCUAGAAUGUAUUUCUGUUACACUUGUUUUGUUCUAGUCUCACAGUUGGAAGGUGCAAUACCAACAUGUAAAUUACCAGUGAGAGUGGAUAUAAUAAAACAUAAAGGAGAAAUUGAUGGAAAAAGCACAGCAGCACAUGCCGCUGUCUUAGCUCCUGAUAAUGUGAAUGUAUACACUUACCCAGAUGUUCCAGACUAUGAUUUGGAUGGUAGAACAGUUUUACUUUAUCCAGGGACAGAAGCACAAACUGUUCGUGAUUUGUUUACUGGCAUAACAAAUAAUAUUUCAUAUACUGAAAGAAUCCUUUCAGAACUACCUCAUGGAUAUAAUGUUGGCACACUGAUGACUAAAAUAGUUCAAAAAGAAGUUUCAUGUGAAGAUAUAUAUCAUGUGAAGAAAUUGCCUAUUGACUGUGUUAUUUUAAUAGAUAGUACUUGGAAUCAAAGUAGGGGGAUCUUUGCUGAUAAAAGACUACAAAAAUUACCUAAAAUUGUAUUACAAAAAAGACCUUCACAAUUUUGGCGUCAUCAGAAGGGAAGCCCACGUUGGUACCUCUCUACUGUGGAGGCUUUACACCAAUUAAUGUUAGAAUUACAUUUAUGUGCAUGGGGUCGUAAUACAAAUUAUCAGAACUCUCUUGCAUUGCAUUACCCUGUGCAUGAUUAUAAUACUGAUCACUCACAUUGUGAACCUUAUGAAGGCCAAUAUGACAAUUUGUUAUAUUUUUUUAAAUACAUGUAUGAAAAAUUACAUAUACUUUACAGGCAUGAAGAUUUGUUAGCAUAUAAGCGACCAAUGUUAUAA